AUUAACUACAGUAUCAUAAGAGAGUUACAUGGAAAUAUAUACUAAAUAUUAUAAUAGCCUUUUAUACAUCGUAAAAAUGAAAAGUCACUAUUAUGUGGUUGGAAAUUAAAAUAUUGAAUAGAACGGUUUAUAUUUUAUAUUUUAAUAUUUGUUUCAUGAAUAUGUUUGUUUCUUAUCAUUCAAGUAAAUUUAUUAAUAUGAUCAGCGUAAUUCUGAAUCGAAAUUGCAUAAAGUAACUAUGAAGUUUGCCGAGAUAUGUACAUAAGAGAUAUGUACACCAUACUCUAAAUCGAAGAAGUAAGAGCUGUUAAAAGUGAUGAACCUAUUCAACUGUGCUCGUAGCAUUCUGAUCAAUGGUUCUGUCUGGAUUGGUUUAUUUACAAAUACUGCCAAUGUAUGGUUUUGUUUGACAAUAAGACUAUGAUAUUCAUGAUAUAUAUUCAUUAUGUAUAAUAAACGCACGAAAAAAUUGUGAUACAUAGCUUUGAUAAUCCAUAAAUUAAGUUUCUAAGGUACGAUUAGUACAAUUUUGUAUUAAGAUAAACAAUGUCUGAGAAAAAUAUAGUUGAGUGGACACAAAAGGAUGUGACAAGAUGGCUUAGAGAAACUGGACAUGAAAAAUUUAUUGAGUCAUUUUUUGAUCAGGAAAUUGAUGGAAAAGUGCUCUUGACCCUGAAAGAAGACGAUCUAAAGUUAAUAUCCAGGAAUUUACAGAAAAUUGGUGAUAUAAAAAGAUUAUAUAUUAGCAUAAAACAAUUACAAAGGGAUAAUGUGGCAGUAUUAUUUGAAUUAGGAUAUAUUGAUAUAUUUCCAUCAUCAAAUUUUUAUAAUCAUCAUAAACAUGAAAUGCCUAGUAGUGGUAUAAAUAAUGAAGGUUCUAUUGAACAUGAAUUUUAUUCAGCAUCUGUAUCAGAAGAUGGUCAUGCGUCACAUUUGUCACCUGAAAUUUGGAAAACUUUCAUUAGUUUGGCAUAUUUAUUUAUUGUUACAUGGAUUACUGCCUUUGUGAUGGUCAUUGUUCAUGAUAGAGUGCCUGAUAUGAAAAAAUAUCCUCCGUUACCUGAUAUAUUUUUAGAUAACGUUCCACAUAUUCCUUGGGCAUUUGAUAUGUGUGAAGUUACUGGAACUAUACUUUUUGCAAUAUGGCUGAUUGUACUAAUUUUUCACAAAUACAGAUUUAUUUUAUUGCGGAGAUUUUUUGCUUUAUCUGGCACAGUCUUCCUGUUAAGAUGUGUUACAAUGCUUAUUACUUCCUUAUCAGUGCCAGGCACACAUUUGCAAUGUCAACCAAGGAAAGUUUCCGAAGAUUGGACAAGUUCUGCAUAUGUAGAGUUAUAUAAUAAAAUUGCUAUGGCUUAUGUUAUAUGGCGUGGUGCUGGUAUGUCGAUUCAAGGUGUUAGAACAUGCGGUGAUUAUAUGUUUAGUGGACAUACUGUUGCGUUAACUAUGUUAAAUUUUUUCAUUACAGAAUAUACACCGCGACAAUUGUAUUUUUUACAUACCUUCACAUGGAUGCUCAAUAUGUUUGGUAUAUUUUUUAUCUUGGCAGCACACGAACAUUAUUCCAUUGAUGUUUUCGUAGCUUUCUACAUUACAUCACGUCUGUUUCUUUAUUAUCAUACUUUAGCCAAUAAUCAAGCAUUGAUGCAACGUGAUUCAAAUAGAACCAGAAUAUGGUUUCCAUUAUUUAGUUUUUUCGAAUCUUCUGUCGAUGGUAUCGUUCCAAAUGAGUAUGAAUCUCCGUCUCUGAUCGUUUGUAAUCUAGCAUGUACUGGGAAAAAUAUAUGGCAUUUGGUACGAUCCUCAAUUUGCUUCCGUAAAUCAUGGCGUGAUGUAAACGGCAGUGUAAAGAAUAGCACAAAGAAGGAACACUAGCCAGUAUAUAAGUUACUUCAGUUUUAUAUUCCUUUGAUAAUAGACUUUUGAGAAUAUUAAUUUUACUUGAUAACUCUCUUUAUACCAUUUAAGUAACAAAAUUAUAUAACAAAAAAUAUUAAUUGCAAACAUUUAUUUUUGGAAGUGAAAUUAGUUAGUUAGCAAAAUCUCCAUUAUCAAAAUGAAUUUGUACGAUUUGUUUAAAUAUUUCUAAUUUUUACGAAAUGACUAUCCAUAAUAGUAUAUUUAAAUGAUUGCCUUCCAAAAGAAAUUUUAUUAUUAUAAUAUUAUCAUAUUUAACUUGUACAAUUCUUAUUAAAAUCAAUUUUGACUAUCUCUUCUGAAACUUAGAUUUAGAUGCAUUACUUUUUUCCCUUAUUGUUAAUCAUGGAGAAAUUUGUUUUCUUUUUCGUGAAUAAAUAUAUUAUAAAAAUUUGAUUAUGCAAGUAAAUUUUGUAAGUAACAAGGAAUUAAAAUUAACUGAAUGUAUGACUAUAUGUUGGAGCUAAUGAUCAUGUGCAAUAUAAUUUGUUGUUAAUUGAAGCUACCGUAUGAAAGUUAUAUUAAUGAAACCAUAAAUAAAUUGCAAGUAACAGUAAGUAACAGUGCAUAAAAAACUGAUUUCAUACGAAAAUUUAUGUAUUCGUUUAUUUCAUAAUUUUUGAUACAAGAUUUCGGGAAAUAAGAAAAAUUGGAUAGAGUGCAGUACUAUGUAGAAAUAUGAAUAGUCUUUCCACUUUUAAUUUGUAUAUUUUUUUUACUAAAAUUAAGUGUAAGCGAAGAGAUUUUACUGACGAAUCGAUUUUAGCAACUAUUAUGUAUUUUCGUCUUAUUGUGAUAUCCUCCGUUUCUAAAUGCAUCAUCACACAUAGAAGUAACAAAACAAAAGAUAAUUACGCACGACCAGAAUAUAACUGGACACAUGAUGGUCAUGAUCAGAUAUGUAAAUUUACAUAUAAUACGAUUAAAAUACAUUUAAUGAUGACGCUAUUCUUUACGUGAUUUAACUGAAGUACAAUUGAAUGAAUAUUGAACUUUUCGCAAGAGUUAAUUAGUAAGAGGCUAUGUAUGUUACAGUGAUCUGUAAUAUUUAUAUUUGUUAUAAAUAGAGUGUAUGAUCAUUUAGAUUUUUAAAAGAGGCUCUUAAUGUUAUGCUAUUGAAGAGGAAGAAUGAUUUGCACAAUAGUAAGAAAGAAAUUAUAUAUAUAUAUAUAUAUAUAUAAUUAUAUAAUAAUUAAUAUAUAUAUAUAUUAAUAUUAAUAUUAAUUUAUUAUAUAUAUAUAUAUAUUAAUAUUUGUACAUAUAAUUGUUGUAUUCUACGAUCAUUUUAUAUUAAGUUGAUAAAAUUAUUUUUCUAUAUUGCUUUA